GGGGGCGGGGGCUGGCUGUGCAGCAACAAUGGAAAACAGCCCAUGCAGCAGCAAGAAGUCUCAGGGUUAGACACCAGGAAGACCGUCUAGAGUUCCUGGAGAACUGUGGGCAAGCCUGUGAAGGGUCAGAUUUUCAGCUGAUGAGGCUCUAGGAGGUUCAAACACCAUCGUGUCUGGGUCCUGGACUGGUGAUUUGGAGAGAGCAUUAGCAGGUCUCUCUCAAGGGCAGGAUGGCCCAGGAUCUGAGUGAGAAAGAGCUGCUGAGGAUGGAGGUUGAGCAGCUGAAGAAGGAAAUGAAGAACCCUCGUGAUCCGAUUUCCAAGACAGGAAAGGAAAUCAAGGAUUAUGUAGAGGCCCAAGCAGGGGCUGACCCUCUUCUCAAAGGCAUUCCAGACGACAAGAAUCCCUUCAAGGAGAAAGCCACUUGUGUGAUAAGCUGAUGAUCCAGAGCACACCCACUUUUUAUCCUGUCCUUCGUCAGCCAGACCCAAGUGUGCUGGAAUACCCAGGGAUCAGUGUUUAUCUCCUUUUAACAUAAAAUGAGUAAAGAUGCUGGAAAA